UUUCAGGUAUGAUAAAUGAGAACGAACAAACCUCUUGAUCACUGUCUUAUGUUUGGAGUACUUUAGGACCAUCUUAGUUUAAAAUUAUGGCAGAUUCAUUGAGUCCCACAUCACCUGAGUACAUUAAUGUUAACUGUGACUCAAAACCAGACACUUCAAAAUUCAAUAAAGAUCUAUCAUUCAACAAAGAUGAUGUUAAUCAAAAUAAGGGCUUUCCUUCAAAAUGCUCCUCAUCAGAUAAAUUCAAGAAUUCGCCUCUGCUCCCUGACAAGAAACAUCUUCUGAGUCCUAGAUCUUCCCCACAACCUAGAAGAGUAUCCCCCUCACAACCAGAACAAAAAGUUAUCAACUCACCGCCACCUGUUGUCGAACAAUUCAUAUCCCCAUCACCUGUUAAGGAAGAAAAGAUUAUCAAUUCUCCACGAAGUGCUAGGAGUAGUGUUAGUAACAGCCAGGAAUUUAGAAUUGUCAAUCCCACAAGUCGAUCAGCUUCUGUUUCAUCACAAGUUGAAUCUCCUCUCCAUUCUUCACAAGAUUUCCUUGUAAAGAGGGAUAGAUCACAAAGUGAUAAUGAUAGUUUAGGGGAUGCAGAGAUUCUAGAAUUGCUGUCUGAUGAUGCUACUGAAGGACCUCCUGUGGACAAGACUGUCAAGAGUGGUAACCUUGAUGAUGUUUUUGGUGACUCUGCCAACUCUACUUCAGAAGCAGUUAACAUUUCCAGUGAAACGAUACACUUGAAUACUGAGAAUGAUGAAAAUUCUGCAUAUCAGAAUACAGAUGAGAUUGGGAUGAAUAAUGGAAAUGAUUUGUAUCACAAUGAAAAUGAGCUUUGGAUGAAUAAUUCAAACGACAUGAUGUUAAUUAAUGAUGAUCUUCUCGACGAGACAAUUGCCGAACUGCAGCUGAUCGAAGCUGAGGGGCUUGCAGAUGUUUCAUAUGACAAAGAUAUUCAUGGUCCUAUCGAGAUCAUUCAGAACAGGUCUUCCGCUCAGUUUGACACUGAGGAGGCUUUGUCUGGAUUACUGGAGAUAGCUGAAAUGGCAGAUGACUUUGGGUUGACAGAUGACAGUGUUGAUGACAUGUCACAGGUUAUGUCUGUCUGGAUUGAAGAGAGCAUUGACAACUUAAAGGAUAUGCUCAAGAGAACUAUUCAGAGACCGACCUCGAAACGAAAAAACACAACAGCCCCCAACAACUCAAGAUUAUCCAAACUACAGAACCCUGCUAAAGUGGUCCCACAGAAACAAGCUGUAAUCCCCAACUUGAAACAGGCUGCAGUUUCAGAUCAGAAACCAGCUGUUGUCUCAGAUCAGAAACCAGCUGUUGUCUCAGAUCAGAAACCAGCUGUUGCUGCUAAUCAAAAGCAAGCUAUGAAACCAAACCCGAAGCAAGCUAUGACCCCCCGGAGACAAACCAUGACCCCUGACCUACAGAGAGUGAUGACCCCAAACCGCUCAAAGAUUCAAGCCCCAAAAACUAUUAAAACCCCCUCAACCGCCUCAGUCAAAACUUGUCCCGACAGUCAGUACGUUGAGAACUCGGACUCGCCUCUCUCCAGAUUCUCACAACCCUCCACUUUCGAGAAGAGAUUAGCUGCUAAACUCACACUUGAGAGUCUCAAAGAUCAGAGUGAGACAGGUGCCUCUCCCACUCCCAAUCAAGAAGGCGGCAGAAGGAAGCCUAAACCUAUCUCACAAUCUGAGUCAGGAGAUUUUACUGGAUCCUCACGAGCUUCUCCUUCUGGCGAAUACGGCAGUUCCUUCAAUUCCGGAUCAAACUUCAACUCAGAGCCUCCCUCUAGAUCCUACACUCCGUCCUACAACGAAUCCUUCACCCCCUCUGACGCUAGUGAUAACUCCGACACAGAGAGCAGUCCUGAGCACUUUGUGCCAACAGGAAUCAGGAAGCCCGGUGGUUCUGCUACCAGGGGACUACCCACCAGAGGUGGUCAGAAAACUGGGGUCCGGGGAAGAGCUACAGGAGUACGACGAGUCCGUCCCUCAUACAGUGGAGAGCACCUUGGUGGACUGGUGGAGAGCAGCUCUGCUGAGAGUUUCGUCUCCAACAAGAGUGAGGAUCCUGGGGACCAUCCCAGGGGAGGUUCUCUGUCUGGCCUGAGGAAACCUACAGCGACCUCAACACCUCGUGGGUUGGCCCGACCUCGACCUGUAAACACAGCCACAUUGCCUCGCCCCUCCAACCUUGGCAUCCAGUCACCAAAUAGGAAACAAAACUCUCCUCAACCCCCCAAAUCAAACAUCGCUAAACCGGGUGCGCUGCAGAAAAUGAAACCAAGCGGGUUACAAAAGCCUGGGGCGGCUCGUGGGAUCCCCAAACCUUCUGGUAUUGCUCGAGGAGCAGCUAAAUCCGCAAGGGGUGCAGGGCGACCUGGAUUGAAGAAACCUGCUACCUCUAAGGGAAGUUGGGACGAGGGCUGCUACUAAAGACUUUCACUUUCUUUAUGAUCCCUGACAACUUUCACUUUCUAUAUAAAUCUAGGUUUCUCUUUUUUGUUCUAAAAUCGAUUAAAAUUUUAUUUUUCUUUAAAAACGGAUGCAGGGCCCACGAAUUUUGUUCUUUGUAAAUAGAAUGUAAUCAAAAUUCGGAAAAAGUGAAAAAAAACACUGGCAGCUCUGGUAUUUAUAUUUGAUUUUUAUUUUAUAUGUUUAAUUUUUACUUAAAGUUUUGUGUUUUAUGCGUUACAGCGUUAUGUGCGGUGUUACGAAAAGAUAACACGGCGAUUUACAUAAUGCAUAACUUAGAAAUCUCUCGUGCUAUCAUCACAACCCCUUAUAUUUUGUGACAAACACAGUUUGAUAUUUGAUAGUAAACACUUUUUCAUUUUAUUGUAAUACUUUUUUACAUAAUGUUGAAGCGUAGAUAAUAGAUAUGAUUACUAAUUACUGAUAAAUUUCCAACUAGCAGUAAUAUUGAAAUGGAUUAUAAUCGAGAAUUUUCAUUGAACUUAAAGAUAAGUUAUGAGCAUUUCAAAUUAUAAGAGCAUUAUUGUGAUUAUUAUUAUGUGAUUUAUGCUUUUUGUAAGGUAUGCAAUGGAAUUUCUUACUACAAAUACAAUUCGUCAAACUGAUGAAUUUGUCAAUAAAACCGCACUUUGAAAUCCUAAGAAUUAGGUUUGAGUGUAUUUUUUUCGACGCUCUCCGAAAAACAUUCUGAUGAAAUCACUGCAGCAUGCUUUAGUAAAUUGUUGAUGUAAAAUGAAUGUUUAUGUAACACUUAGUUUUUUAAUUGAUUAUCA